GAUCUCCCCGGGGCGCUGCCCAGGGUUCCACCGAUGUCUCCGGGGCCCGGAGCGCUGUCCGUCCCGCUGCUGGUGGCGGCGGCCCGUGAGUUGCAGGGUCCCGGGGCCGGGCGGAGGCGGCGAUUGCCCGCAUCCCGGGCUCUGCAUGCUGCCGCCGAGGUGCUGGCCGUGGCGGCGGGGCUGAAGCCGGCGCUGCUGUGGGACUGCGGGGCGGCGRGCCCGGCCGAGCUGCGGCGGUACCUGGACCGGCUGCGGGAGGCCGGGCUGGCCCCGGGCCGGCUCCAUGUGCUGGCCAUGGGCGGCUCGGCGCUGCUGCUGCGGCCGGGGCUGGCCCUGGAGCGGCUCCGCGCUGUGCUCCGCGCCCGGCCCGCUCCCAUCGUGGAUGUGUCGGCGGAGCUGCGGGACCCCGCUCUGUGCUCCGCUUCCCAGGCUCGCACCAUCCACGGCCACCUCGCCGCCCUCCUGGGCCACCUGCGGGACGCCGAGGCCGCCAGCRCCGAGCCGGUGACCGCCAGCGAGGUUGUGCCCGGCGAUUGGAACCUGUGCACGGUGGCCGGGGUGCUGCUGGGCUACCCCGCCGUGUACACCUUCGCCAGCGCCGAGGCAGGCGAGAACUGCCUGGCGCUCACCCCRCUGAGGGUGUUCACCGCCCGGGCAUCCUGCCCCAGGAUACAGGACGGGCUCAGGGUCCAGAUCUACUCGUUCAGCGUCCCGGAGAGCCUGUGCGCGGAGCUGAGGGAUGCGCUGGAUGCCUGGUGCCGGCAGCUCCGGGAGGCUUUCAGUGCGCAGAGCGAUUUCGUGGAUCUCUGCAUUUCCAGCGAGGUYGUGUCUCUUCCAGCGGUUGCCUUGUGAAACACGAGCAUACUYAGACUUUCUGGUCCUCCUCACUCCAUCAAGGCAAAUAUCCAGUUCCCUGUGAGGUGSUCCCUGCAUCUCUCUGAACUUGAGGACUGAAGUGUGACAGUCACCGCAGGCCGGUGGAAAAUCAAAUAUUGUACAUGAAUGAAGAUGACUGUGUGGAUGUGUGUGCUCACAGCUGCUCUGCUGCCUCGGUCCUGCCUGCACAUUGCACUCUGAGGACAAUGUGUAUUUAUCUGCAUCAGCAGCUGAGGAUGAAUAAAAAAUUUGAGCACUCUGGUGCUUUGAAUUGGUGAAGUUUAUUGUAGGCUCCGUGUGUGU